CGAGACCCGACGCUGCAUUCGCUAAAAAAAAAAAGCAGCCCGACCCUGCAGCGAGGCGAGGCGAGGCGUUGGUCGCUGCCGGACCUAAGGGUCGUCGCCUGCCGGAACGGCCCCCGCGCGCCAUGGACGGAGAGCAAGGGCAUCAGCGACCGGUGUCCAGCAAGAACCUCAUAAAGAUCCCGUCCUACCAGGAGGUCUUCGGCAAUGGAGUCUCCUCCUCCUCCUCCUCCUCCUCGAAGCCUCCCUCCUACAAUCCUACUCUCCCCAGCGCCGCCGUCGGCUCUUCGUCUGCGUCGUCGUCGUUCUCCGAGGCCUUCUCCUUCCUCAAGUCAUCCGAGUUUUACUCCCCUCCCCCGCCGCCUCCCCAUCCAUCUACCGCCCCAAGGCCGCCUCUGGCUGGCCCCUCCAGGCCGGCGGUACAGAGCAAGAACACCAUUCUCGUGAGCAAUAGACAGAAAGGGAACCCCUUGCUGAAGCACAUCAGGAAUGCGAGGUGGUCGUUUGCGGACAUUGUGCCGGACUACGUGAUUGGGCAAUCGUCAUGUGCACUGUACAUAAGUCUUCGGUAUCAUCUUCUACACCCAGACUACUUGUAUUAUCGGAUAAGAGAGCUGCAGAAGGAUUUUAAACUCCGUGUCAUCUUGUGCCAUAUUGAUAUUGAAGAUGUGGUAAAGCCUUUACAUGAAGUUACAAGGACAUCACUGCUACAUGAUUGCACCCUUCUGUGUGGCUGGAGUCUGGAGGAAUGUGGCCGGUACUUGGAGACUAUUAAAGUGUUUGAAAACAAGCCAGCUGACAGCAUUCGUGAGCACACGGAUAAUGACUACCUAUCUCGGUUGACACAUGCUCUUACAUCUAUUCGGCGUGUUAACAAAACAGAUGUUGUCACACUUGGUUCAACUUUUGGGUCACUUUCUCGAAUUAUGGAUUCUUCAAUGGAAGAACUGGCUCGUUGUCCAGGAAUUGGUGAGCGGAAGGUGAAGAGAAUUUAUGAUACUUUUCACGAGCCAUUCAAACGAGUUACACCCCGCCCGAACCUUCUAGUACCUCUCACUCCUGACGAAAAAAAAGUGUCCGGUCAGCCUUCAUCAACCAAUGUGGGCAUGCCAGAUCCAGGAGCGGAAAAUCUAGGCGCAUCCAAUAACAAGACAGGCCCCGACGUGAAAUCAGCCCUUACUGCUGCCUUCGCAAAGUACUCGGAAAAGAUCCGCAGGCAGGGCCGUGAUGCAGCACAUGGAGCGGGGGAAGGCAGUAGCAGCUCAACCAUGGAAGGUGGCAAGACGAAACAAAUAGAUUAGUAGUAGGAUGUAGCUAUGCGGUAGUGGAAAUGGCUAGCUCAGAUGUACAACUGUUGUUGUAGUUGCAAAAUUUGCCUCCUCUGUUUACUCGGAAACACGGGUGCAUUUUGCUUGCCCCUUCCUGAAGGUCUCUCAGCACAUUUAAGCUGAUAUUUCUUUCUGUUAAUGUGUUCCGUUCUGUAGAUCUUUCUGAGCCAAUCAAAGUGUAUAGACUUGCAUUUGCUUAUGUCGCUUGUUUCUUUUUUUCGAAA